UUCAAACCAGCUGCUGGAACAGCUGACUGGGGCCCCCCUCGCAACGCCGCGACGCCCCACGAUCAGCUGUACAGGGUCAGACCUGUCAGUUGUGCUCUGAUCUCUCGCUCGAAUCGCAACAAACUCACGUAAGUCAAGUCCGCCGCUCCGAGUUCUCUGCGCCUCUGCACCUUCCAUUCUUCCUCAACAACAACAACAACAUCAACAACAACCAUCAUCAGCAUCAAAACUACAAAGAAACAACAUAAAAUAAUAAACGACAAUGUUCACCAGCUUGGCCAACUACCUGUUAGGAACAUCGACUAAUAACCAGGUAACAGCGGACGCGGCCGAAGGAGGUGAAGAAGCCAAUAGCAACAUCAACAACGUAAGACUGACAACCUGCGAAUCCGACGAUGAAUGGGUGCUGGUGGAGCGAGACAGCGAGGGCAACUCUGAAGUUAGCUCGGAGGACAGCGAAAGCGAACACAACCUGACGACGCGUCUGUCCAGGACAAGUUCGUCAUCCUCCCUGCGAUGUCCGAGCUCGAUGGAGGAGUCCUGGUUCCUCACGCCGCCCCCAUGCUUCGUGUCCGCGGGUCCCGUCCACAUGGAAACCUCCCCCUUAGAGAACCUCCUCAUCGAGCACCCCAGCAUGAGCGUUUACCAUCAGCCUCCUGCGCUGGCGCUGCGCAGACACAACCUGCUGGACGCGGUGGAGGAUGAGGAGGAGGUCGGCGAGGUCGAGGAGGGCUUCGUGGAGGUGCAGGCGCCGGAGGAGGAAGCCCCGCAGGAGCAACCUCAGCAGCCCAGGAGGCACAGGGUACACCUAUUCAGUCAAGAAGAAAUGCAGGGUGUUAGAAGGAAACAAGCUCAAAAGGUGCAGAUUCAGAAGGCCUGCCAAUCUCUGAAGCGCGGCUACCUUGAGCGCAACAAUAAGGCUCGUGAAGUAAAUUGCCGCAAUCAACGGCUCAGAAGGGGAGAGCGUUCGCAGGGCGCAACUCGCUCCCACGCCAACAACAACCGCAAGUGCUACUAAGAACGGAAGAAAAACGAAGAAUUACAAAAAAAAACAACAACAACGCAGAAGAAGAAGUAAAAAAAAAUCCACAAAAAAAAUAUUUCAAGAAUAAUUAAGAAGAAGAUGAAGCAACAACAAUCUCCCCUUCCGACAGAAAACCAGCAGGAACAUAAGAUAAGAUAUGACAAAAAAAAAAGUUACAAAAGAGUUAAAAAAAACACAAACAUAACUUUUAAACCCCUAACUGUAAUUAAUUAAUUAAUUAAUCGAUAGAUCUCAGCCCCUAAACUUUAAUCGAAAAAAAAAAUAAUUAUAAAAAUAGAUAAUUAAGAGGAAAAUACAAAAGGAAACAUUACAAAGCUUUGGGUUUGGAGCACUCCAACAAAAAAAAUAAUAAAAAAAAAGUAAAUAAAUCUCAUCACGCGCGCGCCUAAGUAAGCUUCGCUGAUUAAGCAAACUAAUUAACUGCUAGUUGACACCGUGUAGAAAGAAAGAAAGAAAGAAAAAAAAACACUAGACUGUAACAAGUAGUAUUACUACUUCUACCAUAACUACUCUUUUAUUUCUCAUCUCAUUGCGUACUGCAAUUAGGGGAUGAACUCAACGAGAUGAUUGCGAAAAGAAUCGAAAACAGAAACAACUUGCAUCGUUCAUCCCAUCUAAAUGUCUAUGAAGCAAACAAUUGUAAAUCUUUGUAAAAUAAUAAAAAAAAAAUCAGCUUGUUUUAAACGGUAAAGAAAUCAAAGCACAUGUGAUUUUAGACUAAAUUACCAAAGCACCGGUUGUGUUCAAAAAAAAAAAUAAAAUAAAGAAAGUAAUGUUGACAAAAAAAA